CGCAGAGGCUACAGUGUCUAGAGUCUGAGCCUCAACCGUUUCUCCACAUUCUGUGCUCACGGGCGCACUCGAAAUACCACUUUCCCCCUUGCCUCCGAGUUGUUCCGAGUCAAAUAUCAGGCUCUACCCAGAGUUUUCUUUAGAGAGAGAAAGAAGAACCGAUGGAAGGUCGAGAUUAGCGUUAAAAGAGGAAGAACAUCAAAGUAGUGAAGGUAAGCUCUACGCCCAGUGUUGGUCUUGAACUCAUGACCCCGAGAUCAAGAGUUGUGUGUUCUGCCCACUGAGCCAAACAGAUACUGUCUCAUUGAAACCUGACGACAACACUGUGAUACAGUGUCAUUUCAAAAGCCAGAUAAAAGCCAAAUGAGGAGGCUGGGAAAGAGUGUACAACGUAGCCGUUCUGAAAACCACCCUCCAUUUCAUUCUGGAACGGGGAGGUCACACCCAGGCAUCAGAAUAGCUUCUCUCCUCAAAGUAAAUUAGCUGAUGGAGAAAUCAGGGCUUGGAACUUUGGACUAACUUCGCAAGGCCACACAGGCUCCUCUCGGGUCUUGCUUCCAGUCCUGAUUUCUGCAUUCUGACUCCUGGCUGGGCCGUCUCCCGCAGCUUUAUUUAUUUCUGGCCUUACUGAGUGAGUGUCGAUGCUUUGCUUAAGAACUAAGCUAUCUUCUCCGACGCGUGGCUUCCUGUAGCUGGCUGACUUCGUUCCUCCACGCGUGGUGGAGCAUCAGUUCUCCGGGAUUCAAGUCGGCUCUGUCCUGUGUGCAGUCACAUCCCUUUCUUGAUUCACAUUGAGCUCACGGUCAAGGAGAAAUCUUGUGUUGGUGCAGAAAUUUAGCACGUCUAGAUGUUGGAACCCGUUGCCCCAGGACACUAGUCUCCGUGCCUUUGGCUUACCAGAUCCAUCUUAGGAAAAAACUUCAGGGCCCAUAACUGCUACCUAAGCACAUUACCAGCUAGGAAAACCUGUCAAAGAAGAUGAUUUGCUUUGUACAGUAACUGACAUAAAGUUCAACGUGGGUGUUGCUUAACAAGUGAAUUCUGAAGUGAGAGAAGAGAGAUAAUUUCUAACGAACAUUCUGGACACUGCCUUACGGUCUCAUUUUCCAGUCCACAGGGCCAUACGGAUUGCACAAAUCUGGAUAUUAACUUCUGGGUGGAGCAUUAAAACAACUGAAACAGAUACCCUCAUUCUCCACUUGACAAGGUCAUGGAAGAUCUAGACGAAACAUUAUUUGAAGAAUUUGAGAACUACUCCUACACCCUGGAAUAUUACUCCUCAGAGUCUGAUUUGGAGGAGAAAGCCCACCUGGGAGUUGUUCACUGGAUCUCCCUGGUGUUAUACUGUGUAGCAUUCAUUUUGGGUAUUCCAGGAAAUGCCACUGUCAUUUGGUUCACGGGGUUCAAGUGGAAGAAGACAGUCACCGCUCUCUGGUUCCUCAAUCUGGCUAUUGCGGAUUUCAUUUUUCUUCUCUUCCUACCUCUGUACAUCUCCUACGUGGCCAUGAAUUUCCACUGGCCCUUUGGCAUCUUGUUGUGCAAGGCCAAUUCCUUCAUUGCCCAGCUGAACAUGUUUGCUAGUGUUUUUUUCCUGACGGUGAUUAGUCUGGACCGCUAUAUCCACUUGGUCCAUCCUGUCGUAUCUCAUCGGCACCGAACCCUAAAGAACUCCCUGAUAGUUAUUACAUUCGUUUGGUUUUUGGCUUCUCUAAUGGGUGGUCCUGCCCUAUACUUCCGGGACACUCUGGAGUUCAAUAACCACACUCUCUGCUAUAACAAUUUCCACGAGUAUGAUCCUGACCUUACUUUCGUGAGGCACCAUGUUCUGACCUGGGUGAAAUUUAUUGUUGGGUACCUCUUCCCCUUGCUAGCAAUGAGCAUUUGCUACUUGUGUCUCAUAUUCAAGGUGAAGAAGCGAAGCAUCCUGGUCUCCAGUAAGCAUUUCUGGACCAUCCUCGCUGUGGUCAUGGCCUUUUUGAUUUGUUGGACUCCUUAUCACCUGUUUAGCAUUUGGGAGCUUACAAUCCAUCACAGUAGCUAUUUCCACCAGGUGCUUCAGGCCGGCAUCCCCCUCUCCACUGGCUUGGCAUUCCUCAAUAGUUGUUUGAACCCCAUCCUCUACGUCCUAAUUAGUAAGAAGUUCCAAACUCGCUUUCGGGCCUCGGUUGCUGAGAUACUAAAGCACACGCUGUGGGAAGUCAGCUGUUCUGGCACGGUGAGCGAACAGCUCAGGAACUCUGAGACCAAGAACCUGUGUCUCCUGGAAACAGCUCAGUGAGUUAUCACUCGUCCACAAAUCAGUACAAAGCUUUUAUGUGGGUCCCCUGACAAAUGCUUUCAGGUUAUUUGGUUCCAAGGUACAGAACUAACCGUAUCUUUUUGUUGCUAUUUUUAGUCAAUUUAUUGGCAUUACAUUUUUGUGUGGGUAUAAACCUUAGGAAAGGUCUUCAUUUUUUCCCCCCUGCAACUUAAAUUAUCUGUCAUUUUUGUUAAUUAUACCAUGUUGGAUUAGUCACCACUGGUGACACAGCAUCAGCUAUUUUUUUAAAUCUUAGUAAUUUGGAAGUCCUAAAUCUUAAUAUUAAAUAUAUGAUUAACUCACUUCAAAAGUGUUAAAAUAUAUGCUUAAGCUCACUUCAGUUUUGCACAAGGAACCUAUGAGACGUGUCUUAAAAAUGCAGCAUGUACUUAAUUUCUUUAUUUCAUGAAAUCUAUGUAUAUACAUUUAUAAAUUAAAGUAAUGGUUAUAGUAGCUUAA